AUGGAAAAACCUACAAGUACCAGAAAAUCAGUUGAUGACUCAGACGAUCUUGCAGCUAUUCGAAAAAGUAUUAUGGAGUUUAAUCAAAGGAAGCUUGAACUGGAGGUUCAGAAAAAUUGGGAUCGAUUUUACAAGCGUAACAAAACCGCGUUCUUCAAGGACCGACACUGGACCAAGCGGGAGUUUGUGCAGAUAUGUCCUGAUAUCUCUUGGGAGGUAAUGCAUAGAUAUUUAUUAGUUUGCGUUUUGAUGCUCAGUAUUUUCAGAUUUAUCGACAUGUUUACGUCACUGGCGAUUCUCGAAUGUGGUUGCGGAGUUGGAAACCUCAUUUUUCCAAUGCUAGACUAUUUUCCGAAAAUCUUCGUUUAUGCUUGUGAUUUUUCGUCAAAUGCUAUUGAAUAUGUGAAGAAUAACGGUUCAUUUGACCCCAAACGCUGCGCUACAUUUGUGUGUGAUUUGGUAGAAAGCGAUUUGUUAAGGUACCUGGAGAAAGAUUCGAUCGACAUAGUUACAAUGGUUUAUAUGCUGUCAGCUGUCAAUCCGAAAAAGAUGAUUUCGGUGCUUAAAAACAUAGCUAAAGUAAUAAAACCUGGAGGUUCAGUCAUAUUCCGUGAUUAUGCGAUUGGUGACUACGCAAUGCAUCGCUUUGGUUCUGAUCGCAAACUUUCAGACCAGUUUUAUGUUCGACAGGACGGUACUUAUGCGUACUACUUUUCCGAAGGUAUUAUUUAUAAAAGAGCGGAUUGCAUUUGCUUAUGUUUGCUUUUAGAAAACCUGGUUGAACUUUUUCGGCAGUGCUGCUUUGAAGCGAAAUCAUGUUAUUAUGUCCGAAGAGAAACUGUAAAUCGCAAAAUUAAUUUGGUGGUGCCACGAACUUUCAUUCAAGGUCGAUUUAUAAAAUCCUAA